CGGAGAGCGAGGAAGGGCGAGGUGAACGGAAGAGGACGUAUCGGAGGGAAGGGGAAGGGCUGCGUACACACGUCACGGGGAAAUAUAAAUUAGCAGCCGCUAGGUACUAUUUCAUGUCUAUAUCUAUUUAUUGAUACAUUUUCCCACGUGUGUCCUUGAUAUCCUGAGACCCGUUGGAAGUCAUUCGUUCGGGCCACAACAAAAAGAUCCAGCGACCAGUCGCCCACUAGGAAUGAGAAACAAUGUGACUGGUUGGAGACACUGAACUUCCCGUCAGACUGAUAGAGGCUAAAAGGCAACGACGACGUUUGGCUUUUGUCCAGGGCUUUAACGCUAAGGCAGUUUGACAGAGUCGUGGCCAUUGCCCCCUGCUUGGUGAAGAACAGACAUUCUUUUCUCGGACAUUGCCUCGCUUCUUUACUGCAGUGCGAGAGGGUGAGGGUGCAACACUGCUCCAGCUGCAGCAGAGAGCCGCCGACGGCUGAAUGAGGGAUAUGCGUUGACCACCAGCAACCUGGCCAGCUGUAUAGCAACCAUCCUGUCAGUUUGACUAUCAUGGAAACCUUGCCUGGAUAAAUCCACCCGAGUACACCUCCCCUCCCCCCGCCCCCUCGGACCUUUGCUCGGACACGACCCUCGGGCGCUGUCCUAACCGGGGGGUGCAAACCAACCCCCGGAUCGAAGCAGUUGCAGGAUUCUUAGGGUUGGUUCCCUGGCCCCUUCCCUGCCCAUCUGUCGCUCUGGCCGACCCGAACCCAGCCCGACCAUGGCAGGGAAUCUGAAGAAAGGUGGGGGGCUCAUCGGUAUGAUGAAGGAUGCGUUCCAGCCACACCACCACCACCUCCAUGCCCACCAUCAGCCGGGCGCCGUGGACAAAAAGACGGUGGAGAAAUGUUGGAAACUGAUGGACAAGGUGGUACGCCUGUGCCAGAACCCAAAGCUGGCUCUGAAGAACAGCCCGCCCUACAUCCUGGACCUGCUGCCAGACACCUACCAGCACCUCCGCACCAUCCUUUCCCGCUAUGAGGGCAAGAUGGAGACGCUGGGGGACAAUGAGUACUUCCGAGUCUUCAUGGAGAACCUGACCAAGAAAACCAAGCAGACCAUCAGCCUGUUUAAAGACGGCAAGGACCGGAUGUACGAGGAGAACUCGCAGCCCCGGCGGAAUCUGACCAAGCUGUCGCUGAUCUUCAGCCACACGCUGGCCGAGCUGAAGGCCAUCUUCCCCAACGGCCUGUUUCAGGGCGACAACUUCCGCAUCACCAAGGCCGACGCCGCUGAGUUCUGGAGGCAAGCCUUCGGAGACAAGACCAUAGUGCCUUGGAAGGUGUUCCGCCAGUCGCUCCACGAGUUCCAUCCCAUCAGCUCGGGCCUGGAGGCCAUGGCUCUCAAGUCUACCAUAGACCUCACCUGCAACGACUACAUCUCCGUCUUCGAGUUUGACAUUUUCACCAGACUGUUUCAGCCGUGGUCGUCCCUGCUACGGAACUGGAACAGCUUGGCGGUGACUCACCCGGGGUACAUGGCCUUCCUCACCUACGACGAGGUCAAAGCGCGGCUGCAGAAGUUCAUCCACAAGCCCGGCAGUUACAUCUUCCGGCUGAGCUGCACGCGGCUCGGCCAGUGGGCCAUCGGGUACGUGACGGCGGACGGCAACAUCCUGCAGACCAUCCCCCACAACAAGCCCCUCUUCCAGGCCCUCAUCGACGGCUUCAGGGAAGGAUUCUAUUUGUUCCCUGAUGGACGGACCCAGAACCCAGAUCUAACAGGGUUGUGCGAGCCUUCCCCUCAGGACCACAUCAAGGUCACUCAGGAGCAAUACGAGCUCUACUGUGAGAUGGGCUCCACCUUCCAGCUGUGUAAGAUCUGUGCGGAGAACGACAAGGACGUGAAGAUAGAGCCGUGCGGACACCUCAUGUGCACCUCCUGCCUCACCGCCUGGCAGGAGUCAGAGGGCCAAGGGACAGGCUGCCCCUUCUGCCGCUGUGAAAUCAAAGGCACGGAGCCCAUCGUGGUGGACCCCUUCGACCCCAAGGACAACGGCGCGGGCUACGGGAUCUCCUACGGGGGCUGCAGGGGCAUGUUUGGGGCAGAGGGGGCGCCCUCGCCCUGCUACGACGAUGAUGACGACGACCGGCUCGAGGACCCCCACCUCAUGAUGAGCAAACUGGCCUGCUCCAAGGUGGAGCGUCCUCCCUCCCCCAUGUCCCUCACCCCCCAGGCCUCGCUGCCCCCCGUGCCCCCCAGGCUGGACCUGCUGCAGCACCGGCCGGCCAGCGCCUCUGGAGCCUCCAGCCCCGUGGUCUCCACCAAAGCCGCGACCCACCACAAGGACAAGCCCCUCCCCCCACCCCCAGCGCUGAGGGACCUCCCCCCUCCGCCUCCCCCGGGCCGCCCCCACUCCGCCGGGGCGGCCACCGACGGCCGUCCCGGGAGGAGGCCCUUACCCCACGCCCCCGGGGACCCAGCGUCCCGGGACAAGCAUCCCCCGACGCCCCCCAGCCGUCCGCUUGCUGACUGGGGCUCCCGGUCGGUCCCCAAGCCCCCGGCCACCGCCUCUCCCUCGUCCUCCUCCGCCUCCUCCUCCUCCUCCUCCUCUUCUUCGUCCUCCACUUCCUCCUCCUCCUCUUCCUCCUCCUCCAGCCAGGCCUCGGGUCUCGGAGGGGAGAUCCGAGGGGGUGGGAUCCGGGAGCUCUCCAACAGGCACUCCCUCCCCCUGGCCUUGCCUUCCGCCCUAGACGCCACCGCAGCCAGCAGCCCCCCAUUGAGGAACAGCAGCACCAUCAGCCUGGACCACCAGCUGCCGUUUGUCCCUGCUGCGGGGGACAGCUCUAAGGUGAAGCCCUCGGCCUCCGCCAACGCCAUCUACUCCCUGGCCACCAGACCGUCGACGCUGCCGCGAGCGCUCCCCUGCGAGAGCGACGAGGAGUCGGCCUACAUGGUACCGUCCUCCCGGCCCGUCCACCUCCCCCCCGCCACUCCGGCCCCGCCCACGGCGGCAAAAACGCCCCCCGCGGCCAGGGCCCCGCAGCCCGCGGGCCCCCUGCAGACCGCCCCCGCGGCCUACGCCUUCAACCCACGGCACGUGUUCAGUGACGACAUCCAGGACCGGCCCCAGAUGUACCAGGCCAUGUAUAACGUCCACGCCCAGGCCCUCACAGCCUCCCUGCCUCAGCUGGCCAGAGUCUCAGACUACUCUGAGCUGCCUGCCCUGGCGCUGAGCCAAAGCGCCCAGGUCCUGACGGAGGCGAACGGCCGGGAGACGGAGGAGGAGGUGGUGGGGGUGGAGGUGGAGGAGGCGCUGUACGAUAUCCCCCGGUCGGCGGCCACCUCUCGACAGCCCCCCGCGGAGAAGGGGGCGGCUUCAUCCACCUCGUCGUCCACUACCUCGGGCUCCUCAUCCAGGCUGGUGUUCAGCGACCUGUCCUUGGACAUCGAGUCUCGGGCAGCCACACCCUUAAGCGACCCAGCGGCGGCCCCCGAGAGACCGCCCAAGCCCCUGCCCAGACGCUUCAACUCGGAGCGCCGAGCCAGCCCGGGCCGGCUGGCCCCUGGGCCCCUCGCGGGCGGGGCCACGGGGGGGGGAGCAGCAGCAGCAGCAGCAGCAGGAGGUGGAGGAGCAGCAGCAGCAGCAGCAGGAGGUGGAGGAGCAGCAGCAGCAGCAGGAGGUGGAGGAGGAGCAGGAGGUGGAGGAGAAGGGGAGGACCCAGUGAUCAGCGGUGAGAUCGAACACCUGAUCAGCCAGGGCUACUCCUCCCAGGACAUCCAGAAGGCGCUGAUGAUCGCCCAGAACAACGUUGAGAUGGCCAGGAACAUCUUGCGGGAGUUUGUCUCCGUUCCCGCCAACGCGCACGUGCUCACAUAGCGCACGUGCUCACCCCCCCCCCCCCCCCCCCCCCCCCCCACCUCCUCCCCCGACCGCUGGAGGCUCCUGAAGACUCCCGGUCCAAUCCUUCGCUUGGCUCAGCUUUUGGGGAAGGGGAGGUUGAGGGUGGGUCCUGGCUCGGCCCCUAACCCUCAGACCCUGCCGCCUGCUCUGACGCUAGCUUGAAACGCCCCCCGCUCUCUCUCUCUCUCUCUCUCUGUGUGUGUGUGUGUGUGUGUGUGUGUGUGUGUGUGUGUGUGUGUGUGUGUGUGUGUGUGUGUGUGUGUGUGUGUGUGUGUGUGUGUGUGUGUGUGUGUGUGUGUGUGUGUGUGUGUGUGUGUGUGUGUGUGUGUCCACACGUGCAGCGCGUCACACGACGGAUUCAUGCGUUCCCUGUUGACAUCCUCCCGGGGGGGGGGGGGGGAGAUCACCAACGACUUUUACAAACGACAAAAAAAUUAAAAAAAACACAAUGUAUGUAUCUAUAUGAGAAUUUAAUAUAUGAGUAAAUAUAUAUUGAACGUGUGUAAUUUAUACGUGCAUAUACAGUGUGUGAGCGAGGCUGUGGUGCGGCCAGGUGAUCCGCUGUGGGCCGUGCAGGUUGAAAGGUGCCUGUUCAGAGGGAUGACAGUACCUGGGAGCAGGAGGGGUGGCGGGCACGCUGUCUGACCGCCGUCUGAGCGGCAGCAGCCUGAUGCACAACGCUCUGCCGAGAGGCUCUGCUGAAUGACUUCCAAGUGUAAUAUUAUGGCCUUCACUUCACAAUGUUGCUCUGGUGCAUUGUUCUGAAGGAAAUCAUUUUCAUCAUUUUGUUUCUCCCCCGACGGGAUUGUUCGUUUGGGGUUCUGUAUUGUUUUCUGGCAGCCUUGGUCUUUCGUGUGUGUGUCUGCGUGUGCGUGUGUGUUUUGUGCGUGUGCGCGCGUAUGUCUAUGUGUGUGCGCGCCUGUGUACUUGGCAGCGGAGGAAUUUGGUUGGUUGCCCGACCUGAAUACCUGUUCUCAAACUAACGUUGACUUGACAUGAUUGUGUAUUCACUGUGCAGUAGAACAUAGUGUUCUGUUCUUCUUUUGAAAUCUUCAUUGACUCCUAUGGAAGAGGCGGAUCUACUUAGAAGACCUGCCAGCCGUUGGGACCUGCGUGGUUUACUUUCUGUUGACGGCAUCGGCUGUAACACUCCCAUCUCUUUAACUUCUGAUUGGUCGACCGUGUUGAGAAUCUGUAACCGUGGCCCAUUCUAAAUAUUUGUGAAACCAACAAACAAUGUCUUUGAUUUACUUUGAUAAUAUAUUACUGUAAUCAUAAAUAUUAUUAUAUUAUUUUAAUGAAUUCAGAAGUGCUUCACUGCUGCUACGAUUGUUAGUGCUAAACAAUUAAGCCUUAAAUGUACAUUUGUGAAUAGAUGUUAAACGGUCUCUCUGCUCUUUAAAGUGGCAAUAUCGAUGCUAGUGCUCUAGUCUGUAAUGUAGCAUUACAUUACAGUAGUUACAUCCUACUUGAACUUCCAAACAGCUUGUGAAGCUGCAGUCCUCGCAAGCUGAUGAACUCUUCAGUAGCUCCUUUUUGCCUUAUUAUUUCUUUUUUUGGGCUUUAUGUCUAGCACCUGGAUAUAGAAAUCAUAAACCAGAUGGAAACUGAAAUUACCGAAAGUUUAUUUUUGUGACGUCUGUUCCGGUGUAGCGCAUCUUCUGAAACGUCCCUCUGCUCGAGGUUCGGUGACCAGAGCGGUGGUGGUCAAGUGAGCUAAUGGGUUUGCUGGCCCCGCCCCACCCCUCUAUGCUACACGGAAAAUCAGUAUUUCGGGCCAACUGUAAGAACUAACUCAGGGAUUAUCUAUAUCCAAACAAGUGUCUUUUUGCAUCCCGUCUGCAUUAGCGGAGACAUGACCCCCGUCUCCAGGUGACGUUGGAUGAGUCAAUCCCCGCACAACCGCUGGCUCCCAGGCGAACAAUAUCCCGUUGAUAAAGUUACCCAAGCAACCUUCAUGCUUUUAUUGAGUUCAAGGGCAUCUUUUAUUUUUGUUUUUGUUUAUUUGUCACAUUGCGACUUGCACAUUUUACUUAUUUCCAUUGUCAAGGGCAGGACUGGAGACAGGUACUAUGAAUGAAUGAAUGAACAGAGGUAUUGACCGCACCUCUCCCAGCAUAUGAAGAAUGUUGUCAGUGGGCGUGUGAAUGAUGUCUCUCAUCAGGCCAUGGUUAUCAUUACGAUAUAUAUUUUUUAACUGUACUUCUGUCUUCUGACUGGAACGUACCUCUUUGUGUGGUCCUUCUGUUCAUAGUUGCCUUGAGAAACGGAGCGAGAGGAGCGGUAGAGCUAAAUGAGUGAUGGAUGAGUGGGACGGGAGAACUCCUGGGAUCAUGAUUACUGUACCGAUGUUGUGUUGAUGUUCUGAUAAAACAUUGAUAGAUCUACCUUAUUUUUUAUUUUUUUCAAACAGCGCACCUUUGUGCUGUCAUACUGUCACUCUAAAGAGGGAAAAAAUGUAUAAAGUUACUGAGAUGAAAGAA